UGGUGGCGAGCGCACAGCAUACAGCCCGCAGAUGCACGGCGCAAGCACUUAGUCAUUUACAUCGGCGGCGCCAGCAGAAGGCACCGCGUUUUUGCCCGACGCCACCCACUCUUGCAGAACUUUUCUAAACGGGGACCGAAGAACUCUCUGCCGCACAGCAAAUCCGCCUGCAUGCUCUCUUGUUCUAAAGGCACAGCGGUGGUGAUCAUGCGCUAUAGCGAAGCAACGACCAAGAACCCCGGACCGAACUCGUCGAAAUGAGCCGGGAUCGGGAGCUCCGGCAAGGUCAGACGUUUGAAAUCCCUCGACCGAGCAGCCAUGGUCAGACGACUCUGUAAAGACGUGCGGAUUGUGUGCGUUUGAAGCCCAGAUUCACAAAACCGCGGGCGCUGUUUUGGUGAUUACUUACGACGGCUUUCCUUCUUCAAUCCUCUGCGCAAAUUGUCUCUAUUGUCCGAUGCAGUGACGUAUAGGGUCUUGAGCGAACGAAGAAACAACCGGCCUCCUGUUUCGUUAUUUACGUGCCUUGAUUGUGCCCUCAGUGAAACACGAAGGUUUACGCAACGGCUUCUUUCCAUAGGCGGGUGCUUUUCCCAUUGUUUCCUUCAGUGCUUCAUCUCGGUGAACUUCGAGACCACGUGCGCGCGCUUGUUGCACGUGCAUCCAGUGGCGGCGGCCAUCUUGUACGAAAACUCUCACGGAUCUCCCGCUCUUGCCACUUAACACUGAAUGUGGCGUAGAGGCGCACUGCCAAAAUCAGGUCGCACAUAGCGUAAAAUUGAGGAUAGUAUUUUGCUGACUGCACGUACAGUUCGCUUCAUCUAGCUUCACAAACAUUUGACGUAUACCACCGCGUGUCACAGCUUCGAUCUAUACUUAACGUACGUGAAAGUGAACAGCCAUGUUGCACAUCCUGGGAAACCUCAAGAAGCUGCUCAGCAUCCGCAGGGUCAGCAUCGACUGCUUCGUCUUUCGGCUCCACCACCAGCUUACCGUACUCGUGCUCGUCGCGUUCGCCGUCCUGGUCACCACGAAGCAGUACGUCGGCGACCCCAUCGAGUGCGACCGCUCUUCCGGCGUUCCAGCGGGGGUCAUCAACGUCUACUGCUGGAUCCACGCCACGUACAGCGUGAAGAGCCUGUUCUCCAACGCCGACGGCAAGCGGAUCGUCUAUCCGGGAGUCGGCAACGGCGCCGACUUCACCGACCGCGCCGACGUCAAGUACCACAAGUACUACCAGUGGGUCUGCCUGGUGCUCUUCUUUCAGGCUCUGUGCUUCUACCUACCCCGCUGGCUCUGGAAGGCGUGGGAAGGCGGGAGGCUCAAGACGCUCGUCCAGAGUCUCGAGUACCACGUGGUACUCGAGCCCGACGUCAAGCGGCAGAGGACCGACCUGCUGGUUCGGUACCUCCUGUCCAACCUCGGCUCGCAGGACUGGUACGCCUGGAAGUACUUCGCGUGCGAGGCCAUGGCGCUGUUCAACGUGGUGUGCCAGCUCUUCUUCAUCGACCUGUUCCUGGACGGCGAGUUCCUCACGUACGGCGUCGAGGUCCUGAGCUUCGUGGCCCGCGACGAGGACUACGAGGACAGGGUGGACCCCAUGGUGCGGGUGUUUCCUCGCGUGGCCAAGUGUCACUUCCACAAGUUCGGCUCGUCUGGCAACGUCGAGACUCACGACGCUGUGUGCGUGCUGCCGCUCAACAUCGUCAACGAGAAGAUCUACGUGUUCCUCUGGUUCUGGUUCGUCAUCCUGGCAGCGCUGACGGGGGUCAUUGUCAUCCAGAGGACGGUGCUGGUAUUCAGCCGAGCCCUGAGGUCGCGGGCUCUUCACUACAGGUUCCACAUGGUUCCGGCGAAAGACCUCCGCGAAGUCCUGGACAGAGGUUCCUUGGGCGACUGGUUCCUUCUCUACAUGAUGGGCCAGAACGUGGAGGCGCGGACCUUCGCUCAGGUCAUCGCGGAACUGGCUGACCAUCUCCGGGAGGAGCCCAACCACCGCACCUUGAUUGCUGGCGACAAAGACCCCGAGAAGUCGAAAUAUGGCUUGGUCCCAAUGCAGGACGUUUGAAUGCGAACUAAUUCCACACCGUUAGUGAUGCAAAAGGGUAUAUAUACACCGGCCUGCAACUAGCGCCAGGAAGGAUGCAAGGGUGGGAAGUUGUAGGACAAUUUACACCCUUAUGCAUCCUUAAAGAGCGUAAAUUAGUUUACAGUCUAUGCUGCCUUAGUAAAUCAGUAAUAGUAAAAGCACCGCGUGGUUUGACAGCACGAUCACGGAAAAAGUAAGGACGCAGACACAAAGCGCUGCGUAUACAUGUGUCCGCAUUUUCCGUAUGCAUGUUUUUCAAGCACGCUCCAGGUGUCAACGAAGUGAUGAACAACCGACUAAACACGCCGAAUAUCUUAUGUGGCAAUGAGGGGCAACUUCAGCAGCAGGCGAAAUGGACAUGUCCGCUAGGUGGACUCUUACAGAAUACCUCCCCUGGUGGUUAACGGACGUGACGCAAAUGCCAGCACGUCACAUCCGGGAGUUCCAGCGUGCCGCGCGACCACGGCCUCGGCUCGGAGGUCACACACCGCGAUUACCGGCGCUGGCAGCAGGUUGUGCGUCAGUUCCAGAUAGCGGUAAUGGGGGCGCCAUAUUGUUUUUCUUUGUGGCAACCAAAACGCGUCUGUUUAUUGCGAGCUUCCUUCGUGAUGCACGACGUCCUCGUAUUUCAAAUGCUAAAGUUUGCAAGGGGGCCGCUUCGCGUCCAUAUACGAUACUUUUGAAGCUAGGUUUUCUUGCACUGUCAAAGAUUGCGUUAUACAGUUGGCGUUGAACGUGGCCCUGCAAAUUCGGAAGCUUCUUUUUUUUUCUCCCUAUCAUUUGUCUUAUAGUAAUAUAGUCGUGCAUUACAAGUUCCCGAUUCUCGAAUAUAUGGCUCAUAUUGAAAGCGUGCGUUAUAAGCAACGUACAAGAACGCAUCGCAAAAGAAAAAGAAAAAUUGAUAGAUAAUAAAAGAACGGCGCAGUGACAUGGUUUAUAUUCUCACACGAAGCGAACGAAGCAUUUAAAAAUAAGGACAUAAAGCAUGGAGCAAGCGCACAGUACUUAUUAGUUCUUUGCCAUUGGCUAUCCGUAUAGCUGAAAUGCAACAAAUUCGCUUCGUGAAAAUUCACUAAUAAAACUAUGCUUAUUUA